GGUUUAUUAGAUUGGAAAGCAUGGCGGCACUUUACAAAUCUUUGUGGCUGAUUAUUCUCCAGAUUUCGCUCAGUUUUGCCUCAAAACUGAACGCACCGAAGGUUUUACUCCCGUACUAUUCUACAGUAGCUACGAACUUUACGUUAGAAGCAAGCGAUGGCUGUUUCACGUGGAGGUCAACGAGACCAGAGGUUGCAACCGUCCAGAUUGUCCCAGUGCAUCAUGGGAAGGAAUGUUCCAACAAGGCUGUUGUUACGGCCGUGUCGACUCAACCCAACAAACUUACCUCUAUUAUACUAGCAGAGGAACAGGAAACGGGACAGAUGCUGCGGUGUGACGUCAUCGUGGACAGGAUUCACUCCAUCACAGUGGAGACCACCACGCGGGAACUUUACCUGGAGGAUUCCCCGGAGUCGUUUGAGAUCAAGGCGCUUGAUGACGAGCUGAACACGUUCAGUAGUCUGGAAGGAGAGGAAUUUGAUUGGACGUUAGUUAACGAUCCUGAGUCUGAUGUACCUGCUGCUACUAUCCUCAGGAUUCUGAGGUUUGCUGACACCUCCUACGCCGCCCCGCCAGACGUUCUCACGCUGGAGAGUGCCGGGAAGCAGGGGAACGUCGCUCUCGUAGAGGGCAUUAAAACUGGGUCUGCCAAGGUCAACAUCAAACUGAAGGACCCCAUCUACAAGGAUGUAUCGCCAGCGGAAGUCCAACUGGUCGUGAUUGACAACUUACUUCUCAACCCAUCCUACGACGUGUACCUUGUACAGGGACAGCGUAUCAAGUACAGGGUGGAAAGAUUCAGACAGGGAAAGAUCAAUGAGGUGGCCAUGCCUUCUACCCAGUACAUGUUUGAGCUACAAGGUGGAAGUUAUAAGAUUGCUAGUCUGGACAGGGACACUUCCACUGUGACUGCUCUUGCUAUGGGCACCACCACCAUCACACUGUAUGACAAGAACAUCAAAUUGCAGGAAGCUCCACAUCACCCAACAGCUGGGAUCCAUGUGGUGGAACCAGGCUCGCUCAAAUUCCUGAUUGCGCCUGGUAAGAGUAACGUACUGGAGACAGGCAGAGAGUAUGAAGUCACCAUAGAGGUUUACAGCAAGAACCCACAUAAGAUCUACCCUUCAGAGAACUUGCUCAUAGAAGGACAUUUUCCAACGGACUUCUUUGAGGUUCUCCACUCGUCCAAGAACGGGUCGUACCAUGUGGUGAGAACUGUCCUAAAGGGGUUCCCAGACAUCAAGGGGACCAUGAAGGGAAUCAUCAAAACUAACGGAGAAGCAGACCUCCUCCCCACCCCAGUGGAGGGCAGCCAAUCAGUGGAGAUCUACGACCCCAUCCAGGUCCUCCCGCCAAUCACUGUGUUCCCAUGGGAACCAAGCAGCAGGCUGACCUAUCAGAAGAUGCUGAAGGCUAUUGGAGGGAGUGGCGCCUUCACUUGGUCGUCGUCAGCCGCAGCUGUCGCCACGAUUAACAGCAAGGGCGUGGUUACCACGGCAACUGUGGGAUCUACGGUCGUCACUGCUUCUGAUGUCAAGAACACUGCCCACACUGGAAAGGCAAAGGUGUACGUGUUACCCCCCAGUGAUAUACAGUUCCUACCUUCACCUGUGGAAGCUGAGAUUGGCACAACGCUGGACCUGCCUCUGGCUCUGUUUGCAGACCUUUCUCAAAACCCCAGAGUGCUGCACCACUAUGAUGACUGUAGACUACUCAAGAUGGAAUUCAAGUUCAGCGACAAGGCAGUCUUCCAACUUGUAGAAGGUGCAACAGCUGUGGAAUCUCCUGUGAACACCAGCUGCAGAGCAGUGCAGGUGAAGGCACUGACCCAGGGCCACACCCAGCUCACAGCUUCAUACAGACAUGCGUCUGUCAACCUACAGGCAACAGUUACCAUUGCAGCAUACAACCCACUAAAACCUGUAGACCCAGAGGAUAUAGCUGUGGUGGCCAUUGGUUCAUCUAAAGAUGUGGUGUUCCAAGGGGGACCUCUUCCCUGGGUGUUGGAUACAUCCAAAUAUCACCCCAGAGCACUGGGUGAGAAGAAUGCACUAGUCUCUAUAGACCAUGUUCCUUCUUAUGGAGGCCAGAAAAAUCUUCACAUCUUCCGAGUGUUGUGUAAAGAUCUUGGGGAUCAGACCCUAACCUCUACAGUUGCAAAUGGCCCAACCGCAAAGAACCAGUUUCCAGCUUCGGCCCGAGCGACAGUCCAGUUCUCGUGUGCGGUCCCCACCUCGCUCCAACUGUACCCAGUUCUCAAAUAUCCUCAGUCAGAUGUGCCCUGUCCCAUCACUCCAGAGUCAGGACAGCAGAUCCCAGUGCACAACUAUGAAUACCUGGAUGUGGAUGUUGUUGUCACCGACGGCAACGGGAGACACUUUGACAACUUCUCCUCAUUGGCCAUCGCCUGGGAAACCAGUGACCAAUCACUGGCCGACUUUGUCAGCCCCACCACCUCCAUAAGAGAGAUUCAUGGGCAAGGAAAAUACACUGGACAUAAAGUUCUCACGUCCAUGCAGACAGUCGUGCCAAAGAGAAAGCGAGGUUCCAUGACCAUCACGGGAGCCAUCCAAGGAUACAACAAGCACUUCUUCCAGUACCAUGGGAUCAAGAUCGCAACUGAUCUCAGUCCCAGGAUCAGCAGCAGCCUGGAUCUCCUAUUGGUGGAUGACGUAAAGUUAGCACCAGAUUCGGUGUCCAUUUUCAACCAUCCAUCCAACAAGGUCCAGAUUGUAGUAAGUGGAGGGUCUGGCCACUUCCAUGUGGAGCCAAGCGACAGCAGAAUCUCUCAGGUCUUCUACAACGACAAAACCAGAAGUAUUGAGGUUGUUCCAGUAGACAACGGUGCUCUGACCUUGACCGUACAUGACCUCUGUCUGGAGAUGCCCCGCCCUGCCCGCGCUGUCAUAUACAUCUCAGGUGUAGAGGUCAUAGAGGUCAAAAUGGUGGACAAGGUACAACUCUACAACGUGAUCCGUGCGGAUGUUCGUGUCCUGGACUCUAGCGGAGAGCCUCUUGCUGCGUCUGUUUUCCCACUUAUGAACCUCACCCCACACCCUGCUACAGGCAUCAUCAGUGUAAGACCGGACCCAAAGCUUGCAGCGGACCCGUACACGGUACGAUAUGAGGUGAAAGGUGACGCCCUGGGCCACACCACGCUCUCGUUCCAGGCUAGCGCCAAGUCCGGAGAAACCAUCAGCAGUCUGCCAAUGAAUGUACAGGUUUUCCCCCCACUGAAACUGAGCCCCAGAAACAUCACCCUGAUCAUAGGAGAGGUGUUCCAGGUAGUGGCUAUAGGAGGGCCUCAGCCACUGGCUGACAUUGUCUACAGUAUUGGGAACAGUGACAUCGCUACAAUAGACAACAGCGGACUGAUUGAAGCUGUGGCAGUUGGUGACACCGUCGUAACAGGCGUGGCACAAACUGAAGACCCGGAGAGCCGUGCGACCAUUACGUGCUCCCAGGACCAGGUGUUUGUAUACGUGGUUCGACUGACCGGUGUGAAAAUACACGCUCCUCUCAACAGGAUACAAACUGGGGCAAAGAUGCCACUGUACGUGAUGGGAGUCAACGAACACCAGACCCCCUUCACUUUCGGACACGCCAUCCCUGGCCUCACCUUCCACUGGUCGCUAGGCAACAAGGACGUGAUAGACCUCCAACCUGUGUACAAGGAGAAUGGUGUCACACUAUCAGAAGACGAUGCAUACGCGAUGCGUGUCCGAGCUCUGAACCAGGGCCAGACUAAUGUCGGGUUACGAGUGAAGUGGUCCCCUCGUAGCUACGACCAGGUGGAGGUGGGCGCCACCCUGACAGACACGGCUCACUUACACGUCUUCGAGAAACUGCGACUGAUGGUACCGGAAACCGACGGCAGCCUCCUUUUGAUGAGUCCCAAGUCUGUCGGACAAAUCAGAACAAACAGAGACGGUGCCUGUAAGGUGGUGUAUGAGCUCAUCACCUGUCCAGAGGAAGGGUCAGUCGUGGCCGUAGACUCCCAGGGCAGAGUGACCGCUGGGUCCGCCACCGGUCAAGCCAACAUCAAGGUCACUGCUAUGGAGGAGUCCGGACUGAAGCAAACCAUCAUUGUCCUGGUCAAGGUGAAGCCAGUGUCCUACAUAACAGUCAACAGUGAAACUGACGUGGCCAGUGUUGGGAACAAACUGUCCGUCAUUCCCGUCGGCAUGACGAUCACCCUCCGCGUCAGUUUCCAUGACAACGUUGGUGAGGAGUUCCACGCAACCAGCGCUGUGUUGAAGAAAAGACCCAACAGGUUUGACUUGACACAGAUCUCCCGAGGCCCAGAGAACGGCACCUUUGUGUUGAAGGCAGCACACGUGGGUCACACCAUACUUAAGGUGUGGGACGAGGGGAACCCCAGGAUAGCAGACUACGUACCCAUCCCUGUAGGCUAUGCCAUCAGCCCCGCCCUUGCAACUGUAUCCAGGGGUGACAUCAUCUGUCUGUCAACUCAGCUCAAGCUGAAAGAAGGGUCCCUGGCCAAGUGGGAGACAUCAGACCAGAGAGUGGUACAGGUAGUGGGUACCACAGGACUGGCCCUGGCCACCAACCCUGGUACUACCACCAUCAACUACAGACUGUCUACAACACAGGCUACACACACAGAGGUGACAGUUGUGCCUGUGGAUGAGGUGCAGAUCCUGACCAAUGGGGUGAAGUUUGUGACCAACGUACCACAGCAGGAGCCGUACCUGGUACCAGUGGUACUGGGGACUGGAGCCACCAAUGUACAAGGGAACUGUAGCAAGGACCUGCUGGCUUCCAUGACAGAGCAGCAAGCCUUCUUACAGAAGUCCCUCUUCCACUGUGGCCUGCUGUUCUCAUCUGAAGUGACAGAGGUCUCUGCUAGAGAGAUGUUCCUGGCUACUCCAGGGUUUGACCCAGAAUCAGGUCAGUACUUCUGUCGCGUGAGCCAGGUUCAACAGAACACCCACCAGGUUCAGGCCAUGAGCACCGUAGAAACAUCUCUCCAGCUACAGAUUUUUGUACAAGCUGCAGAUGGCCAGCCAGAAGUUAGCUCGUCAAUCGCCAGCCUGAGAUUCUAUCCUGCCUUCCAUCUGGGUAAGGCUGACCUGGUGCUGAGUAACAAGCAGACGCGCGGAGAGGUCACCGUGUCUGGAGUGUUGGACGUGCUGAAUAACUUACAGGUUUGUCAGCAGUAA